UGUUUAUAAAACUUUCUAAAAAUCAAAUGAAAUUAAUUUAUAAUGUUAGUCCAAGAUCCAAAUCGUUUGCAAUACAUCUACUUUAGUUUGACGGCUGCUUUAGCAAGUGCUUUAUUAAUUUUGACGUACAUCUCUUUAACAACGGAAGCAAAUGAACAACUACGAGAUGAUAUCAAAACAACACAGUUGUCUAUGGAAUUGAUAAAACCUGUGUCCACGACAUGGAACUACAACAAUACAUGGCGUGCCAUUGGCAACGCCUCCAAGAAGCAUAAAAUCUAUUCAGCUUAUUUCGAUAAACGUACUGAAAUCAUAGCUAAUCCUAGUAAAGAUACCCUAAUUGCCAUUGGGUCAAUAAGAGUGUUUGCAGUGCUUCCUCUAGCAUUUAAAGAAGACAUUAGCUGUAUUUUAAGAUCUGAGGAUUAUUUCUUAACCGAAAUCAAAGCAGAAGUAGUAAAGGCAUUACAUGAACAUCAUGAUGAAAAGUUUGCAGCAUUUACGAUAGUAUGUCCACUAUACAGGCAACACAUUGCCAAUUCCAAGGUACAACUUCCACAGGCGGUGGCCCUACAAUAUAUAAGCAAUAAAUUAAGUCAUUUAAGUCCCACUUUUAUACCCAUAAGUUAUCCCCGUGAUAUGGAUCAGCUGUUUGCCCAGUCAAAACCCAUUCUAUCCAUUUGUGUGGGUCCGCUACAACAAAACUACAGCGAUGUGUUGCGUAUUGUAGAGUUUGUCGAAAUGUACCGCAUUAUGGGUGCCACACAUUUCUACUUUUACAACCUGGACUGUUCCCCAGAUGUUCAGCGCGUGUUAAACUAUUAUCGCGAUAAUGGUUUGGCUGAUAUUUUGGAUUGGAAUUUAAAAGAUCAUUUGGAUGAUUUACAUUAUAGCGGUAUUGUGGCUCAAUAUAAUGACUGUGUGUAUAGAGCAAAUGUAGUGGAUAACUAUCGUUAUGCGGCCAUUGUGGAUUUUGAUGAAAUCCUUGUGCCUCUCAAGCAAAAUUCGCUCUUCAACUUUUUGUCGCAAUGUGAUGAGGGUCUGACCUCGGCUUUCAUCUUUCGUAAUGUAUUUUUCUUCAAAAAAGACAGUGAUGACACGUUUAGUGUACCCGAAAGGGCCAUUAAUCGUGGCUUGUACACACAAACCAAAAUUAGAAGAAAUGUAGAUAUACUGCCAGCCUAUACACGCAGCAAGUGUAUAGUAAAUACUAGAUCCAUAGUAGAAAUGGGCAACCAUCAGGUAUGGCGUGCCGCUCCCGGCUAUGCGGACAGUGUUGUGCAUCCAACAGUGGGUUUACUGUUUCACUAUCGUGACAAAUGUAUCAAUUGUAAAGCUGUGUUGUCAUUAGAUUAUACCGCCCGAAAAUAUGGUUCCCUUAUAUGGGAUCGAGUGGAUGAUGUAUGUUUGCGUAUGUUUUUGAAUCUCAAAGGAGUCUGCCCAUCGAAUUAGUAGCUAAGUAAGAGUAAAAGAGUUGUGAAUGUGUAAAUUGAAGUAAUAUAUGAAUAUUUUUUUUAAACAA